AUAUGUAUUUUUAUUAUAUUUGGAUUUACGCACGAUCCCUGCUGGACAGAACCUUUUGGAUGCUUGAGUGACUAGAACCUACAGAACCUUCAGAAUCUCUAGAACCUUCAGAAAGUUCUGGUUGGAGCUGUUUUUGCUUGUUUUUUUUUCAGCUUUGGAGAAUAAGUGCUUAAAAAGUGAGGGGAGGUUUUGUGUUCGUGCGUAAAACGCGCGUAAAACGUGCGUAAAACGCGCGUAAAAGUUGUGUGGAGCGGGUUUUUGUUUAGGUUUCUUUUUACGUUCGCCUCUGCGGCUCUCUCUCUCUCUCUCUCUCUCUCUCUCUCUCUCUCUCUCUCUCUCUCUCUCUCUCUCUCUCUUCCUUCAGAUGGCGUCGUAAUAGAAACACCAGCACCCCCAGAACCCCCCUCCUCCCUCCCUCUCUCUCUUUCCCUCCCUCUCUCCUUUCUUUCUUUCUCUCUCUCUCUCCACAUACACACACACAGCUAAUUCACAAAGAAAAUCCACCCAAAAGUCAGCGUAUCUGGAUUAAACGUUGGUGAAACGUGUAAAAACGUGAUAAAAAGUGUAAAAAAAAAACGUGUACGUGUACGCAACUGGACGCUCAGAAGAAGACGGACUUCCACACGUCGCCUCGCACUGAAAGGAAUGCUGAGCGUCAGGGCCUGGAAGGAUGCUGUCUCUGAAGGGCACUCUAGCAGCUGGGGCUUUACUUCUACUGCUUCAACUCCUUAGUCCAGUGCUGGGGCAGGAACUCAACCCAAAGGGCAGGAAUGUGUGCAGAGUACAAGUUUCAGGGACACCAGCGUUUGUGUGCUGCAGUGGUUGGGGACAGCUAGGAGACGAGUGUUUAACAGCUCUCUGUGAGGGUAAUUUCACCUGUAAGGAGAACGAGGUCUGCGUCCGACCCAACGAGUGCCGCUGCCGCCACGGGUAUUUCGGAGCCAGCUGUGACACCAAGUGUCCUGCUCAGUUCUGGGGUCCGGACUGCAAGGGCAAGUGCAUGUGCCACCCCAACGGCAAGUGCGACGAUGUGACGGGCAAGUGCACGUGCAACCCCAACCGCUGGGGCGAGAACUGCGAGAAGCCAUGCGGCUGCCAGAAGGGCAAGUGCGACCAGGAGACGGGCAAGUGCACCUGCCACCCGGGUUUCUGGGGGCCGCACUGCAGCAACAACUGCUACUGCAGCGCCAGCUCGGUGUGCGACCAGAGCUCGGGCCGCUGCCUCUGCCAGCCCGGCUGGUACGGGCGCAACUGCGCCGCCCAGUGCUCCUGCAACAACUCGCCCUGCGAGCAGUUCACGGGCCGCUGCCAGUGCCGGGAGAGGCUGUGGGGGCCGAACUGCGACCGGUACUGCCAGUGCGUCCACGGCAAGUGCAACCCGGCGGAUGGCUCAUGUACCUGCAAGCCGGGCUACAGGGGGAAGUUCUGCAGGGAGCCGUGCCCCGCCGGGUUCUACGGGCAGAACUGCAGGAACAGGUGUGGUCACUGUAAAGGUCAGCAGCCUUGUAAGGUGACGGAGGGACGCUGCGUUACCUGCGAGAGAGGCUGGAACGGCACCAAGUGUGAUCAGAUGUGUGCUCCUGGAUUUUUCGGGGAAAACUGCAAUGACGAAUGUCCACCGUGUAAAGACGGUCACUUCUGCGACCGCAUCAAUGGGAAGUGCUCCCACUGCAAUCCCGGCUGGAUCGGAGAUCGCUGUGAAGUUCGCUGUCCCAACGGCACGUAUGGAGAUAACUGUGCGAACGACUGCAGCCACUGCUUUAAUGGAGACUGCCACUUCGCUACAGGAGAGUGCCUCUGCGACUCCGGCUUUCACGGAACUUACUGUAAUCUGACGUGUGAGUUCGGUCAGUUCGGGGUUAACUGUGCGGAGACGUGCCCCUGCCACGAUAAAAACUGCAACCCGGUGUCUGGAGCCUGCAAUUUAUAUCCGAACCAGCGGAUGGGUGUGAUAGCUGCUGGGUCGCUGGUGUCGUUUCUGCUGCUCAUCCUGCUCUCUCUGCUCUGCUGCUGUUUCUUCUGCAACAACAAAAACCGCAAUAGUCAAGACCAGGACGGCUCCACUAACAGCAAGAAGGCCAAGAGAAUCCUGUGUGGGCGAUUCAGCCGAAUCAGCACCAAGCUACCCAGAAUCCCAAUCCGCAGGCAGAAGCUGCCCAAAGUUGUAGUAGCCCACCACGACCCCGAGAACACCUUCAACUGCAGCUUCAUCGAGCCCCCCUCAGUCGCCGAGCAGCCCACCCCGUCCUGGUCCUCCCAGGAGUCCUUCUCCUCCUUCGAGACGAGCGAGGACGGCCCUGUUUACUGUGUUCCUCACGAAGAUAACAUAAAUGAGAGUAACGUGAAGCCCAGUCCCAAUGCCACUCUGGAAAAUGCUGCGUCCUUUACCGAGGACGAUGCUGGAGAAUACACGUCUCUUAAAGACACAAGAGCAACCACAAAGCAAGCUACCAGUGACGGAAGCGAGCAGCCACUUCUCAAGUCCUCAGACAGCGAGGGCUCCACCAGUGGAUCUGAGUCAACCAUGGGGGCUCUUUAUGCCAAAAUCGCUCGCCUUUCCAAGCAUUCCAAAGAAGAAGACGACGGUGGAGCUGAAGCCAAAGCCAACGACAAGAUCCUAUCACCAGAGAAGACCAAACCUCGCCCGCCUGACCCUUCCACCAAACCCAAAGUGUCUUGGAUCCAUGGAACAUCUGGAAGCAACCAUUCAGAGAAGGGCCAGGCACCUUCACCUCCCAAAGAAAAGAAGAGGAGCUCUGAAGGUUCUGGGAAGGGAAGCGAAGAGAAGCAUCGAUCAAAGGAUAAGUCAAGCAAGAAAGGGGAGAACAGGAAUGCAGAUGGCAAGAAGGUCGAUGGAAAUGAGUCUCCAAGCAAGACCAAAGCCCACAAAGCUUCAGACCCGAUUGAGCACAUCAAUGGCGCUGUUCAGAACGCCUUAAAGAAGAUAGGAAACUUCCACUCUGAGAAGAAAACUGGCGAAUCGACGAAAGAGCCGCCAAAGAGCCCAAAGAUCAUGCACCCUCACAUAAACUCUGAGGCGGCCACUCUUCUGGCAGCUCAGUUGAAGGAGAAGACCCAGAGCCUGAAUCGUAACGAAGGUCUCUCCAUUGGGGUCAGACCCAACGGAGUGUCCACUCCCCAGGCCAACCGGGAGAAGCCAACGCCACCCCAGAAGGCCAAACGCACAGCAAGUGGCGCCAACAAGGCCCUUCUACCAACUUCUACUAACCUCCAGAAGAUGGUGGCUCCUGUCACGGACCCAGAAAAGCAGGCCUUAAAUGGGACCAAAGUAGGAGAUGCAGGAGAUGCCACGCCAAAGAAAACGCCCAUCAAAAAACCACCCAGGAAGAAAGGCAAGGAGGGCCCAGCAGAGACAGAAGCUAAGGCCACACCAAAGACGGCCAUUAUGCCACCUCAGUUUGUCAAAUAGACCCUUCGUUUGGAAUUUACCGGGCUGGACAUGAAGCACCAGCCUAUAAUGAAUGAAAAAUGAAACCUUUCACUUAGUACUUUCUUCUUGUUUCAUGCGAUAAGUGAUAAGGAAACUCUCAGACCGAGAGGCGAGACGAGCUAUCAGGAGAGCUAUAUCAUCUCGGAUCUUAAUUCUGAGAAAUUUUGAUUGCGGUUUGAUCGAGGUCCAGGAGGAGCUUGGAGAAGAAGGAACAGACACUGGUAACAUGUCGUGCCUUGAACGUUUUUACAGUUUGUACAGAUCUAAAAAAAAGGAAUUCAUCAGUAUUAUAAUGGAUAUUUUAAAUGGAUUUAAAGUAAUGUUAUAAGCUUUUUAUAAGAUUUUGUAUUCCAGCUCUUCAGCUAAGCAUUUCUACAUUCACCAAAAACACCAAUUUCUACAAUUUCCACAAUUUCUACAUUCACCAGGACUUUUAUCAGGUCAUCCUGUGUUCUAACAUUAUGACCAAACCAAGCUUAUACUCUGAUAAGAAAUUCAGCAAAAUCCUAAUCAAAUGACCAAAGUUAGUAGAAUGGUACUAUAGAUAUAGUAUAGAUAUAGACCUCUUUUCCACUGAAGGGCCAACAAACAAUUCAGGGUCAUUAAGGUGUCAGAGCCAUUAGACUGAUUGAUUAUCAGUCUUUAUAUGUAUCAGAGUCUGCAGAAUAGCAUGCUAACUUACGAAACAGCGUAUGCUAACUAGCGAAAAAUCUUAAUUUUCUCGUAUUUGCUCUCAUUUUUGCUAAUGUGUGCAAAUCAGCACAGACUAAACUCUUCAAUUAUCGAAUUAAGGCAUUAAAAAGAGCUAGCAUGUAAUUUACUGACCAAAAUAUGGUCUCCGUCAACGUCCUGUACUAAAAAAAAAAAUUAAACCCUCUAUGGCAUAAAUUUGGGAGGAAAAAUAUUAUUUUUGAAAUAUGACUUUCUACUUUCUAUUUUAUCAAAUAUCAAAUCAUUUGAUUCAGAUGUUUUAGAGCAAGGAAGCACCCAAACAAUUGUGUUCUACCUGCAUAACAUUGGCCAAAGUUAACAAAUUAAAAAUAUAACACUGUUUUAGUAAGUUUACAACAAUAAUAUAUUAAGAAUAUGAACAUGCAAAUAUUUUUCAUUACGUGUUCUUGCCGUAUUCAUAUAUUCUUUUACGCCUUGUUAUAAUUGGUGUAGAUAUGGUUUCAACAUUAUAUUGAAAAUAAGUAAGCAAUCAAAUACGUUAAAAAUAAGGCAUGGUAUGGUAGGGUAACCUUAGAUUUCCAGUAUUUUAGCAUGGUUAGCAGCAGCGCUAGUGCUAGUAAAUGCUUAAGACAUUUUUCGCACUAUAAGGUACACUUAAAAUCCUUCAGUUUUCCCCAAAAAUCGACAGUGUGCCUUAUAAUCUAGAGAAUUUGACCUGUCGGUUGUAUUAGAGACCAAUGCUAAUACUGCUCCAACCUUGGUGCUGGAGAAACUUCACUGAAACUCCUGUAUAAUGCAGUACAUCAGUCGUGUGGCUUUACUGCUCCUUAAUACCUGACUGGUGAAAUUCUCCAGACUGUAAGUUACAAUGUCGAAUUUUGUGAAAAUGAAAGGAUUUUAAAUGUGCCUUAUAGUGCAAAAAAUACUAUAUUUAACUAUAAAUAAUUUGUUAAGCUUUUCUGUUACCAUUAUAUCAGUGGAACGUUAGAUUGGUCUUACAGGGCGCCGAGUGGUUCAGCGGUCUAAAGCGCUGCCACUAUGAGCAGGAGGUCGCAGGUUCGAACCCCCGCUCAUGCAGCUUUGCCAUCAAGCUGCCGGCGUCAGAGGGAGCAAAAUUGGCCCUGCUCCCUCCGGGUGGGUAGAUGGCGCUCUUUCCCCACAUCACUAUGGUGAUGUCUGCAGCACAGGGCAUCUGUGAGCUGAUGUACCAGAGCCGAGCCGCUGUGCUUUCCUCCAAGCGCGCUGGCUGCUCGGCAAUGCUGCAUCGUCAGCAGCUCGAAAAGAAGCGGUGGCUGACUUCACAUGUAUCGGAGGAAGCAUGUGCUAGUCUUCACCCUCCUGGUAUCACUAGUGAUAGGGGGAGUCCUAAUGAAUGGGUUGGGUAAUUGGCCGUGUAAAUUGGGGAGAAAAUGGGAAAAAUUAGAAAUAAAAUUAUAAAAAAAAAAAAAAGAUUGGUCUUACAAAAUAUUUUGUAUGCUAACAAAACACAAGUCAAUUUCCUUUCAUUUACAAUUAAUAACCCAUCCCUAGCCUUAAGUACAGUUCGCUGACCAUGCGCCAUGACAGUGACUCUCUGUGUUUAGAGCUGCUCACCCCUACAGUGGAAAAGAGGUCAUACUGGUGUAGCGCUGUCAUACUGUAACCAGACUCAGUCAUUCCACAACAAUUCUCUGUGUUUAUAUUCACAUAUUUCUCACGACCUAUUGAGCCUCUGAGCUGCAGUGUGUAAUUAUACCAGUAUUAUACCAGUAGAGCUGUGCAAAAGUUCAAGCUUUUAACUCAAACUGGACCAAAAACAGCAAUCGCCUAACAUGACUCUAAAGUUUCUAGACUCUUCUAGGUUUCUAGGUUCCUCCAGCUCUUUAUACAUAAAAGGGAUCCAGAGAAAACUGAAUGCUGCUGUUAAAACUCUGUGAUUUAAGUGAUUUAAGUGGGUUCCCAGCAAUCAUUGCUUAAGUUCUUUGGUGGAAAGUCUAGAACAGGGGUCUAGAAUAAGUGUAUUUGAAUGUGGUUAUUCAGUUUAACUGAAUCAAUUGACUUUUGGCCAAACAUUAAAUUCUCAAACUCUAAAUAUUUGCUCCGAAGCUGGAUUUCAUUAAAUAUACUUUAAUAUCAAUAUCUUGAGAUUGAUGCCAAUUUUUGAAUACCUUUAUUUGAAUGGUCCAUUACAGAUGCCAACUAAAACUUGCCUGAAUAUCUAUUAAAUGCAACUAAAUAAACUCUACGUUGAAUGUACGUGAUUUUCCAUGGAAACGUAUCCUACAAUUAAUCCAAACCCAAAUAAGCCUAAACUUAAGCAUGAAUCAACCUUAAAACCUCUAAAAAAAUCUAACUUAAGCUAUAAUCUAACCCUUAAAUCUAACCCUAAACUUGGCCUUAAAAUGUUAAGAUUAGGGUUUUGGGUUAGAGUUGGGUUUAGGGUUACAAUUAAUAGAGAAUCUAUGAGGCAUCUACAAUACACUAUCCAAGUAAAGUGUUACCCAGUGCUUUUCUCAAAACCAUUUUUAACUACUUGUCUGAGAAAGAAAUUAGAAAUUACAAAAUAUUUGGUACACUCUAAAAAAAAUAAUACACUGGAUCUACUUGAAAAAUGUAUGCAUUGAUUGCAUGCAUCUUUUUAAGUAAUCCCAACCAAACUGUUGUUGAGUUGUUGAGAAAGCUAUAAGACUUUUAAUUGUGGACUAACUUAACUUUUUUUAAUUGUUUCACUUAAUAAUAAUCUAAUUUUUUCAACUAAAUUACGUUUCACCAACAUAAAUUAAUUGAACUUUAAAAAUAUCCAUUAAUUUGAGCUUAUAAGCAGAAAAUUACUAUUUUUUUUCUUAGUUUCGUAAGUACAAAUAUUGUCGUUGGUUGAACUCAAAAUUGUGCUGAUGCUAAAUUAUGCAUUUAAAAAGGAUUUAAAAAAUGCACCCAAACAAAAAAAUGAAUGUCAAAUUUGUCUAAACAUUUUCAAAAACAUAAUUUUUACGUUGAAUGGACUCUUUUUUAUAUAUUUUAUUUACUAAGACCCUACAUUUAAAUUUUUUAGAGUGUAGUAUCACAGGGUUAUAUUUCAAGGCCAUUUAAAGUAAUGUAAAUUGUGAAAGUAAUGUAGGUCUUACCUCAAGAGUUAAUAUGAAAAAUACCACAUAAUUAUUUUAUACUUUUAAAGUAAAUGUUUGGUAAAGAACGUAUUAUACUGUAUGGACAGCAUUUAAGCAUUAUUAUAAAAAAUAAAAAAUAACCAUGUGGCGCUCAGCACUCAGUAUAGGCUUUUAAAACUCAUUUAAGGAUAUUUGCUUGUAUUUAUUCAACAGUCUACUAAUAACAGUAGUAAUUUUAGCAAUGGUGAACAAGGGGAGGGAGUAUGACUAGUAUGCAAAUAGAUCAUCCCAGGAACCAAUGGGAAGUGUAAAAACACACCCUAAAAAGAUCACUAUAGAGUAUUUGUUUGAAAUGGCUCAAAUUACUGCAGGCAGUAUGACUAAAUAAAUUAAAUCAAUGAACUCAAGAUAUGUCAAAAAGUCAGUAUUACACAAAGGAACCCAUUGUGUAUCUUAUGCAUUUUAACUUAAUUCUUAAUUAUUAUGGAAGUUAGAUUUUACACUGCAAACAACGGGCCAGAUUUCAGACAAACAAGUAAUUUUUUCUAAUUUAGUAUUGAAAGUUUGAGUUUUCUCUGCUAUUAAAGUAUCAAAAACACAAAAAUCUUUUUAAUGCUCAGUCAUAUAUCAUUAAGCAUUGACUUUCCUAAAGAAUGGCAAUCAAAAACCUUAUUUCUCAUAAAAUCUUUCGAGAUUUAUUCCCCUAUUCUAGACUUCUGCCAUUUCUAUGUGUUGUUUUUCAGUAGUAAAAGAGCUGGAAGCAGUGAGGAAAGUUCUGGAAAGUCCUUAAAAGAGGUUUUCGUCACUUUCUCUCCAAUCAGAGCAUGUGGACAGCAGAUCUCAGACUGAUGAGUGACUGAUAGACGGUGUCGUAUUUCGGUUACACAAACAAAUCUGCUGCUGCUUUUAUAGAGAGACAGACUGAGAGAAUUAACAGCCAACAAAUGGAGCUGGUGAUUAACCGUAACUCUGAGGCCUGAGUGAUGUGAGUGUUUGUAUGAGAGCUUUAUUGAGCCUGAAAUGUUGGUCCAAACCCGAUUAUACAGCCUGAACUUCUUCUAAAAGUUAAUUUAUAUAUACAGCUCUGGACAAAAAUAAGAGACCACUUAAAAAUGAUGAGUUUCUUUAAUUUUACCAAAUUGAAAACCUCUGGAAUAUAAUCAAGAGGAAUGGAUGGAUGAUCACAAGCCAUCAAACCAAACCAAACUGAACUGCUUGAAGUUUUGCACCAGGAGUAAAGCAGCAUAACGUUAUCCAAAAGUAGUGUGUAAGACUGGUGGAGGAGAACAUGAUGCCAAGAUGCAUGAAAACUGUGAUUAAAAACCACCAGGGUUAUUCCAUUCCACCAAAUAUUGAUUUCUAAACCCUUUAAACUUAUCAAAACUCUUAAAUUCAAAUAAAUGAUCUAAAUGGCAAUAUUUUUAUUUGGAAUUUGGGAGAAAUGUUGUCUGUAUUUUAUAGAAUAAAACAACAAUGUUCAUUUUACUCAAACAUAAACCUAUAAAUAACAAAAUCAGAGAAACUAAUUCAGAAACUGAAGUGAUCUCUUUUUUUUCCAGAGCUGCAUAUACAGUUUAUUUCAUUAUUUUAAAAUAUUCUGCAUUUGUAGAUUAAUACUAAAGUCAUCCAAACUAUGAUGAAAAACAUAUUAAAUUAUUUAGUAAAUAAAAUAAUUGUUAAACAAACCAGAAUAUGUUUAAAAUUUUACAUUCUCUGUCAGCUUUAUGAGGUAGAGUCUUCUAGAAUUCAGGCUUUCAGUUAACAGCUGUGCUGAACUAGUCAAGAGUUAAUUACUUGAAUUUCUUGCCUCUUAAUAAAGUGUUUGAGAGCAUCAGUUGUAAAGUAGUGAAGAGGUAGAGUUACAGGUAUACAGUGAACAACUUAACUAAGAAAAGAAAAAAAUGACUUUAAGAAACAAAAAAAUGUGGUGAUGAAACUGGCCCUCAUCAGGACCGCUCCAGAAAAGAAAGAGCAAGAGUUUUCUUUGUUGCAUAGGAUACAUUAAACAGCACAUGCUGUUUAUAACUGGCUUGUGGCAGUGCGAUAAAGAGCCUAAAUAAGUUUUUCUCUCAUUUAAAGUAGUUAUUAACUUAGUUAUAACUUAGUAAUAACUUAGUAAUAACAUAAUUACGAAGAAUAUUGUAUAAAGGAAAGCAGUAGGACUGUAAAUGCAGGCCAAAAAAAAAAAACUUAAAAUGAUCAGAAGUGUUUGGACAAACAUUUCAAGCUCCAAUGUGUGUGUAUAUGUAAGUGUGUGUGUGUGUGUGUGUGUGUGUGUGAGUGUGAGUCUGUGUUUGUAUUUGUUUAUAUGAAGCCUCUUGAGUUCCUAGAGUGCCUUUAGCUGAAUUCCCAGCAUUGUUAAGCAUUACCCAUGAAGAGUGCACUAUGCCUCAUGUGCCUUAUGCUAAUAGGAUAUAGUAUAAUAGGGCAUGUCUUAUAAAUGCAUAUAACAUUUCUUAUAUUUCUUAUAUUAUACACAUCCACAAGUGCACUUAUACAGCAUUAUUACACACACACACGCAUCAGUAUCUACAGUACAAUAGUGCCUACAGUACAGUAUAUCACCAGUGUACCACUAUUAUCUCAUACAUAUGGAUUUAUCAUCAGUACAGUGCUUUAAUAAUUCAGGUACCACUUCAUAUACAUAAUUUUUUUCCUCAUUAUCAUUGCAGUCAUGGACAUAGUUUUGGACCAGUUCCACCCAGCUAUUUCCCACACGCUCACCCUUAACAAGCUGACCACAUAAAUGCUAGCUAAAAUAAACCAGCCGAGAGGUUUUCUCAUCAAACCCCGAGAAAAAUAACUACGUUUGACGAGCUAUUUGAGUGUAAUGUCACGUCUUUGAGCCCUAAAGCACUUGCAGGUUAUUUCCGGCCUAUGCUGGGAAUAUCCCCUUUGGAAAAACCCAAAGAUAGUGGCUUCAGAAUGCAUGAAAACUGGACGGUUAAAGAGGCAUUGUGUACAGCAUGCUAGCAAACAAUUAGCAUUGUGCAUUAGCAUUGUCUCCAGCCAGCUCUGAUGGCGGUAAUGGUGGUGGUGUUGGAGUGUACUGAGAAAAAAAGACAAACAAUCAGUGUUAUUGAAUUGAAUUGUAUUGAAUUGUGUUAGUUGAUGUAAAGUAAGGUUUUUUUUUGUUAUACAGUUGAGCUUUUGGUCCUGUUUUAUGUUAACUUCCGCUAAUAACUGUGUAGUUACACAUUAAUAAUGUUGUUACAACAAUGUAAUUACUGGUUAUAUAGUCAUGUAUUGCAGCGAAAGUUAUUAUGAAUAGAAUUUUUCUUUAAAAAACAAAAUAAAGGUUCAACAGCCAAGCUUGUGACCAGUAUUGGGUAUGUUUUUGAUUGUUUUUCAUGGUUUAACUGGUUUAACCAUGAGUAUAAUCAAUCUAACCCAUCUAGUUGACAAGUCCAAAAAAGGUUGACCAAACUGGUGAACCACUUGGAUCAAUAUGAUCAACACAAGAAAGCUGGGUGUCCACCAUGACCAAGAAUGUUGACCAGCAAGACUACCAUAGUUUUUGAUUUUGGUUGUUGUUUGGAUAUAGCUCUUGACUAGAAUGUGGUAUCUUUGAGUUUAAUUUGAUGUUUUAUUAUAUUUUUUGGUCUAAAAGCAUGAUCAACCUCAAAGAGCUUAACAAACCAGUAUGAAAAAGCUCGUCCAGACUUGACCAGCAACCUAGUUAACCACAGUGACCACCAAAAGACCAAGAAGGUCCACCACUAUUGCAAGAAUGACAUAGCUAUUUGUCCAUCACCCACCACACUGGUUGAUUAAGCCUGGCUUGUAUGAUCAAGCUGGUCAACUACCACCAUGAUCAAGUUGGUCAACUAUUAUGACCAGUUGAGUGUAGGAGUUUAAAGGUAAACUCUUUGGAGUUUAAAGGUUUAGCCUUCAAGCACCAUCAACCUGAUCAAGUUAGAAUGGCAGUCAUGGCCAAUCUAGUCAACCAAGUUGACCAACAUGGCUAACACAACAAAGCUUGUUGUCUACCAUGACCGAGCUUGUUGACCAGCAUGGCUCCGAUGGUCAAUUCAAUUAACCUGGUUAACCAACAUGGCCAACAACAUAUCCUUCUGGUUUACCAUAUUUACCAAAGUGGCCAAGGUAGUUAAGCUGGUUGACCAUUUUGACCUUUUGACCUGAUGAUUUAGCUGGUCUAUAAAUGUGAUCAACUUUAUCAAACUAGAAAAACUAGUAGAACCAAACAUGACCAAUAUGAUCGAUCCUCAUGAACAUCAAGCCAUCACAACCUUGCUGGUUGGCCAACCACCUUGACCAUAUGACCAACACAACAAAGCUGGUUGUCUACCAUGACCAAGCUUGUUGAUCAGCAUGACUAAGAUGGUCAAGCUGGUUAACCUGGUUGACCAUCAUGGCCAGCAAGAUCCCAUUGGUUUACCAUCUAGUGCCAAAGCCAAGUUGGUUAAGGUGGACCAUAGGGUAUGUUUCUGUUUGAGUUUGAUGGUGUAGCUGGUCUACAAAGCUUGUCUAAUCAAGAUCAAGCUGGUUGACUAUCAUGAGUAGCAUGACCAAGCAAGUCAUAUCCAGCUUGGUUUUGCUGCUCAUGGUUGGGGGUGGGACUAAAUAUUAAGAUAUAAAAAGAUAAAAAGCUGUACUAACUUAAUUUAAAUGCAAUACUGAAAACACUACAUUAGUUACAUUGUUAUUACAUGGUUAUUAAUGUGUAAUUACACAGUUAUUACAGAGACUUACUAUAAAAUAGGGCAGGUCUUUCUUUCUAAGGUACAAAUGUCCCUUUUUAUAAUGGUUAUUUUUCUACAUACCGAGAUAUUUUGUAAUAAUAUUGUUAUGUAUGUUUGUAAGCUGUGCUUAUACAACUUAUAUAUUGCUUGUUCUUUUUUUUUAUUGUUUUUGGUGUCGAAUGAACUGGCUUUCAGACUUAAUAACUUCCCCCGUCCCUCACACUUAUUUUUCAUUCAAACUUCAGGUACAAGUGUUUUAUGUAUAUGAAAAUUUUUUUUUUAUCAUUUUUUGUUGUUUGUUUCUUGUCGUUUCUCUGUGGAAGUUAUUGUUUUAUGAUAAACAGUAAAUCGUAUGAUGCAGAGGUCAGUGGGAGGUCAACUCUAUCUAGCCGUAUUAACCGUAACGUCCUGUGUUUUACUCCGCUCUCUGGAUUAGGAUCCUCGACAAAGAACGGAUGUUGAUGUUUUUGCACAGAACCUGAAACUUUUCCAGCUGCAGUAUAAAGUAUUAUAGGAUUUUAAAGACUGAAGAACUGUUUCCCGCUCUGACUGGACCCUGACCGGGUCCUGAAUUAAAGAGUCUCACUGUGGAAGUGGAGUAAAUUUGUGUUGCGUUGUGUUUCGGUUUGUGUUGGGGGUGUUGGGGUUGUUGGCGAUGUUGUUGAUGUGUGGCUGUUCAUUACCUACUUUUUAAAAUAAAAUGAAACAUGUAGCUCCUGAACCUGAA